GUUUUGACGUAAGGAAAAAUAGAAACAUAACCUUAAAAACAUGUCAUAAAAGGAAAUUCUGUUAUCACGAAAAUAUUAUUCUACCCUGUUAUCUUUUUUGUUACCUAUGUUUUACAAAGAUGUAAAGAAGGAUUUUAUAGCAAUAGAUUCGCAUGUAGAGAUAAAUAGAAAUUGGAGAUCUGACUUCUGAAACUUGACUAUAUCGUCGAAAUGGAGGUGUUUCGUACAGAUUCUUUCUAUAUCUUCAAAAAGGGUGAGAAUUCCUUAUGGUGCGACCGAUUGACGGGUUGUUUCAUACCAAAAACUGCUUGGUCUCUAACUGAAGCAGAUGAUCCAAUAUGUCUUGGAACUUGUGAUGGUAUCAUAGGGAAGGUAUCGGCUUCUGUUUUUGACCCUCGACUUAUGGUCAUAAAGGAAAGUUCUCUUGUUGGUACUCUUCAUGGUGCACAUAAUGUUUACAAAGUUAAAUCAAUUGCUUUUAUACCCCUCAGCUUGGAGGAAGUUGAAAUUAAUUUGAAAAUUUGUCCAAAACAUAAAAAUAUUUCCAAUCUACCAAAACAAAGUAAUUCCAUAUUUGAUAUUCAAAAGAGUGGGGCUUUCAGUAAAACAUGGGGAACAUUGAAAAAUGCUGGCAAUUCUAUCAAAAAUACUACACAACAGGCAGCUGCCAUUGCAACUGGUACACCUAAAAAACGAGAUGGGAGGGAUAAGAAUCGGUUCGAAAGACAGAUAAUAGAGGAAUUCCACAAAAUCUUCACCGAUACCAAUUCUUUCUACUAUUCUAAUACCACAGAUAUCACAAAUUCCCUACAAAAAUUAUGUAAUUUGGAAAAAACGGGUAAAAUAGCAGAUACUCCAUUAUGGAGAAUUGCAGAUGAUAAGUUCUUUUGGAACAAAUUUAUGGUGAAGGAUUUCAUUGAGCCAAAUAGUUCAUUAUUCGACCCAUGGAUCCUACCAAUCAUUCAGGGUUAUAUCCAAAUAGAAAAAUGUAGAGUUAACACAGAUCUGUAUUACCAAAGUGAUAAUCCUUGUGAUAAAUCUUAUGAAGUGUUCACUCUGACCAUAAUAUCCCGGAGAAGCAGAUUCAGAGCUGGAACCAGAUAUAAAAGAAGAGGUGUAGACGAACUAGGUCAUGUAGCAAACUAUGUGGAAACAGAACAACUCAUAUCGUAUCACAAACACGAAGUUUCAUUUGUACAAGUUCGAGGAUCCGUACCAGUGUUUUGGUCUCAACCAGGUUACAAAUACAGACCCCCACCUCGCAUAGAUAAAGGCGAGAAGGAAAAUCGGGAAGCUUUUCAGAAACACUUCAGCAAAGAAAUACAAACUUAUGGGCCAAUUUGCGCGAUAAAUCUGGUAGAUCAAUCCGGUCAUGAAAAAGUUAUCUUCGAUGCAUAUUCAAAUCAGAUUUUUCAUUUUGACAGUCCAUUCAUUACUUAUGUUACAUUCGAUUUUCACGAGUAUUGUCGAGGAAUGCAUUUCGAAAAUGUGUCAGUCCUGAUGAACGCCAUUGCAGAUAUUUUGAAAGAGAUGAAUUACUGUUGGAGAGACCAGCAUGGACAUAUAUGCUCCCAAAAUGGUGUUUUUAGAUUGAACUGCAUUGAUUGCCUCGAUAGAACCAACGUUGUUCAGACAGCAAUUGGAAAGGCUGUGAUGGAAAUUCAGUUUUGUAAGCUAGGCCUUACGCCGCCAGAAGGUCCUAUACCUGAAAAUAUCAGGAGUACUUUCCAGUUGCUUUGGGCAAACAACGGAGAUAUUAUAAGUAAGCAGUAUGCGGGUACCAACGCUUUGAAAGGAGAUUAUACUAGAACUGGAGAACGAAAAAUAUCUGGAAUUAUGAAAGAUGGAGUGAACUCAGCUAAUAGAUACUACCAUAAUCGUUUCAAAGAUUCCAUAAGACAAAGUUGUCUUGAUAUAAUUCAUGGGAACGAUUUAAAUGAAAUCGAUCUGGGUGAUAUAUGGAGUUACUUGAAUAAAAUAUCUAAUAUUGCCAUCGAGUACCUACCAGAAGAUACAAUGCUGUGUUCGACACCACAGUUUGCACUUGAUCAAGAAUACGCUCUAGCUAAUGUUAUGUAUCAUACGUUUAGAUAUUAUUUGAGCCGAUUCAAAGAUUCUACAAGACAAGGAACUAUUGAUUUGAUGCUAGGUAAUAAUGUAUCCGAAGAAAACUUCAUUGUAUCCAAAACUAGCCAAAUGGAAGAUGACCAUAUGGCUACAGCAGAGCAUGUGAAGUUGCUGUUUGAGGAUUGUAAAAAAAUGUUGAUCAAGCAACCGGAGCACACUCUCGGUAUUUGGGGUUUGAUCAAUGCUGACCCCACUACUGGCGAUGUGAAUGAGAUGGAAAUCGAUUCAAUAUUGAUUUUAACCAGAGGUUCAUAUUUCGUGGCCGACUAUGACGACCAAGUGGACAAAAUUACCAAGUAUCAAGAAGUACUUCUCCAAGAUAUCGUUUCAAUCGAAUGCGGUAUAGCCGAUAUGGGGAAGUCCUUAUUCGGUAGUUCUAAGGGCAAACCUUGCUUGAGAAUCAACUACAAAUUGUGUAAUACCGAUGGAUAUUAUCAUAUGUUCCGAUCUGCCUGUUUUGGUUUCUUCAAUAAUAUGCCGAUGUGCAUCAAGAGCACAGAGGAUGAAAUAGAAUACUUGAAAGCGAUUUGCGAAUCAUUCUUGAUAUCUUUCGAAAUCUGUCAGUUGCCUCAAGUACGAUGCACUCAAGGUCAAGUUUUGGAUAAACGUAAAUCCAAAUUGAUCAACGAAACUUUAUCUGACGCCAUGUACCUAAAUGUGGUAGGGAUUCCUCCGAUGACUAGAAACGUUUCAGAAAGUCAACUUUUAGUCCUAAAGAACGUUGGAUCCAAAGCUUUGUCCAAUAUGACUAGUCAAUUCUCGAAAUUGAACAAAAUCGGAAAUAAGCUCAAAAAGAACAAGUCCAGACCAGCCAGUUUUGUAGUUGGCCAAGGGGAUAAAUUAGAAGUUUCCAGCGAUUCCGAAGAAGAAGGUGAUAGUAGUAUCUUUCAGCCGAAGGCGGGAGAUGGUGGAAAUACAAGCUCAAGCGGGGAAAUUGAGCAGGGUGAAGAAGCUAUAGAGGAACUCUAUAGUGCCAGCCAAAAAACUGAUACUUUUCUACCAGGUGUAGGCAUUGUGAUGGGUAAAAGUGGUGAACCAAAUAACCUCGAAUCUAAAACUCACUUGUUACAUCACCAAGAUUCUAACCUUGAUAACAUUCAGUUGACAAGUAUAAUGCAAAACGUCAAUAUAACCAAGCCUGAUAUUCAAAUAAACUCCGGAAGUGGAAUUUUCGAAUCCGAACCUACUUCCAUUUUGGAAAAAAAGAUGAGCCACUCUUACACUGGAGUGGAUGAACGUAGUACAGACAACUCAGAUAACCCGAAUGUCAAACUUGAUAAAAGGUCAAAUUCGGAUUAUGAAGUUACAUUGAAUAUCUCACAGUCGCAAAGUGAAUCAGCUCUAAAGAACAAGUUGACAAAUCUUACAUCGCCAGUAGCUUCAGUCACUAGAGAUUUAGUGUUUUCCCCAUUUAGUAAGCUAGCAAAAGGGGUGCAAAACAUAGGGUCUAAUAUAGAUCGGAAAUUCGGAGGACAAGUUAGGAACGUUUCUGAGAAAGAGAUGGAGGAGCAUAGAAAGCUUCAGGAGAAAUGGCAUAAUUGCAAAACAAAACUAAUAGCUCUUUAAAAUUUCAGUUUAUAGAUGGCGUAUUAGACUGCUUUGAUUGUCAAUCCCAAUAUAUCGGAUAAAAAGGAGCUUCAAGGUUUGUUUCCAAGAGCUAUAAGUCAAUUCUGAGAAAUAGGUUAUGUUGGGUUAGGUUAGAACUCAGUUGAAUAUUCACAUUAUCCUAAUUUGGGUUUAUAGUAUGACUUGAAUCUUAUUUCAGUAAAAUAUGGACAUAACUGCUUCUGGUGAGGAGGUUUAAGUAGUUGAAAACUUUGCUUAUCCUUCUUUUUUUUUAAUGAAACUCGAAAUUGAUCAAGCGAUGAAACACAUGUCGGAUUUUUUAAACUCUUUUUGUGAUAGUUCCUUCCUGUGUACUUGUUUCAAUCCUACAUAAUUAUAUUAGAACUGUUAUUACAGUUUAAAUUUGUGUUGAUCUUGUGUUUUAGUGAAAAAAUCAUUGGAAGCAUUCCUCUUAGCUUUAAUCUAUUAUGGACCUUAGAUCGAAGCAGCUUUUUGUGUUAGUAUUAUAUCGAAUAAAGGACCCUCAGCUCAAAAGUUGGAAAUCGUGACGGUUGAUUCAAAAUGAACCAAAUUUUUUUAUUAUUCUAAAUACUCCAAGAAAUGUUUUCCAUUAGAUAUAAAUUUUGCAAAAAACAUUUUCAUAUUCAUUUCAAAAUGAAAAUAAUUAUUUACAAUCCACUUGACAGCGCAAUCUAUUGAACAGGGUUGUCAGAUCGUUUGUUCAUAUUUCAUGAUCAAAAUUUGAAAGUUCCUAAAUUAAAAGAAAAAAAUGUGAAUAAAAGUGUCUUGAAAUAUAAGGAAGCAAUAAUUUUUUUGGGUGAAAACUUUGUGAACUUCAUAAAACUUCUUGUUAUUUCCCAGAAUCUCCCAAAAAAUAUCCUUAAGGAUAUUUUUGAGAUUCUGAACUGGCAACCCUUAAUUUUUCAAUACUGGCAUCUUUUCAUUCACAUAAUUCAUCUGGCUCACAUUUUUCUUUUAUAGAUCUCUCACCAUUUCACUGAUAGAAUUAGAAUUAACUUAGAAUUUUAUGAAAUCGAAUUAAUAUUCAGUGAUUAUGUUACGUUGAAUUCCUAUAUAUUUUUUUUAUUUAUUAAAACUUAAUCAUUUUCUCAAAGUAUUCAGUAUUCAUAGCUUAUAAGUUGACAUUAUAAUUUUGUUAUAUUUUAUCCAGACAAGUUAUAUUCGAACUAUUUUUUAUGUACUUAAUUUACAUUAUUUUAUUUCUCUAGUCACAAAUAUUUGUAUUGUUACCGUUAGAAAUCAUUGUUGCUCAUUCAUAAAAUCCCAAAAAGCUUUUAUAUUAUCACGUUGACUUUUAUACACACUAUCUGCAAAAACGGAACAUCUAGUGUGAAAUCUGAUUAAAAUUUUGCUCAAUUAUUGACAUUGAUGAACAAAUUAUAUUUCCCACUCGAUGAGAAUUUGGUGAAAAUAUCAAUUGGCUCUAUUCUGAAAUAUGUAGGAAUUACUAGUUUUGAAGGAUAUCAAAGAAUAAUUUAUUACCAAAUUAUUAUACUCUGUUUCGAUUCAUACUUAUUGAAAUCUCUGUUUGUAAAAUUCGGAAGUUAUAUUAUCUCGGAAUUUUUAUUCAAAAAGUGUGAUCUUUGACAACGAUAUAGAGUAUUUUACGGGAGAAAAUAUGCCCAAAACUUGCCAAAAUGAACCAGAAUAGAGGCUUGAAUAAAUGUGAAAAUAGCCUAAACACAGCUUAAAAUUUAGAUAUAGCAAAACAUGUCAAUUAUCAAACAUUCCCCUUUGUUAGGAAAUGUUCUAUUAAAUGGAAUUAUAGAAUUAUGCACGUACAAUAAAUCUUUAGGAAGC